CUUUGUUUCGAGCUGAUUAUUUCAAAACCUCUAAGGCUAGAAGGUAUAUUCAAGGAUCUCCAGUUCAUACUUGAUCUUGAAUCCGGGAAAUAGUAGGCUCUUGCAUGGAUUCCCCUUCAAAAUCAGUUGUUGAUAUGAUUGAAGCUUCAUCUGGGGUACACUUCUCUGGAUUCCACCUGGAUGCGCAGGACUCAAGUAAAAAAUUGGAGGUUGAGCAACCAACAUCUUCCCUUAAACAUGCACAGAAGCAGCCUUUUGUCAUCGGAGUUGCUGGAGGUGCAGCAUCUGGAAAGACAUCAGUGUGUGAUAGGAUUAUUGAUCAGCUUCAUGAUCAACGCGUAGUGCUUGUUAACCAGGACUCCUUUUAUCACAAUUUGACCCCAUAUGAACUUACCAGAAUUCACGAGUACAACUUUGACCAUCCUGAUGCAUUCGACACAGAGCAAUUAUUAGGUGCUAUGGAGAAAUUGAAGCACGGGCAAGCAGUAGAUAUUCCAAAGUAUGAUCCCAAAAGUUACAAAAGCACUGUAUUUCCAGCUCGCAGGGUAAACCCUGCAGAUGUGAUCAUCUUAGAAGGCAUAUUGAUUUUCCAAGAUCCUUUUGUUCGUGAACUGAUGAAUAUGAAAAUAUUUGUUGACACAGAUCCUGAUGUACGUUUGGCCAGGAGAAUAAGGCGUGAUACAGUUGAGAAGUGUCGAGAUCUUAACAUGGUUCUUGAUCAGUAUUCAAAAUAUGUGAAGCCUGCUUUUGACGACUUUAUUCUUCCAUCAAAGAAGUAUGCUGAUAUUAUCCUUCCUCGAGGAGGAGACAACCAUGUAGCAAUUGACCUGAUUGUCCAACACAUUCGUACAAAAUUGGGUCAACACGAUCUGUGUAAAAUAUAUCCAAAUCUUUAUGUCAUUCAGUCAACUUUUCAGAUACGGGGUAUGCACACACUAAUCCGUGAUGCUGAGAUAACAAAGCAUGAUUUUGUUUUCUAUUCUGAUAGGCUGAUUCGUUUGGUUGUUGAACAUGGUCUUGGACAUCUACCCUUUACGGAGAAGCAGGUUAUUACUCCAACAGGGUGUGUGUACAGUGGUGUGGAUUUUUCUAAGCGGUUAUGUGGCGUAUCAGUAAUUAGAAGUGGUGAAAGUAUGGAAAAUGCUUUGAGAGCGUGUUGUAAAGGUAUUAAGAUAGGAAAGAUUCUUAUUCACAGAGAAGGUGGUGACAAUGGACAACAGCAGCUGAUAUAUGAAAAACUCCCCAAGGACAUCUCUGAUAGGCAGGUGCUCUUGCUAGAUCCUAUCCUCGGCACAGGAAAUUCAGCAGUUGAAGCUAUAUCUUUGUUGAUAAAGAAAGGAGUACCUGAGUCCAACAUCAUAUUCCUUAAUCUCAUCUCAGCACCUCAAGGAGUACAUGUGGUUUGUGAGCGUUUUCCCAGAAUAAAGAUAGUCACUUCCGAAAUUGAAAUUGGCCUCAACAAAGAUUUCCGUGUUAUUCCUGGAAUGGGGGAAUUUGGGGACCGAUACUUUGGGACGGAUGAUGAAUGAUCGAUCACCAACACACUGCCUGCCCCCCCUUCUAUCCUCUCCUCUCCUGGUAAUUACUAAGUAAUUAGGAUGGAUGAUCCAGAGUGGAUCUAUAAUAAUGUAAUUUCAUGGAUAAUUAUAAUAAUAAUAAUAAUAAUGUAAUUUCAUGAAAUCACUUGUGUAUAUAUA